AUGGAAAAUAUUGAAAGAAUGAAACCUUAUUUUCCUGCAUCCUUGAAUGGAUGCGAAUCUGUAUCAGAUGAAUUUUUUAAAUGUUUAAAUAAAAAUUUAAUACCUUUUGGCGAUGAUAAAUUAAUAAAAAGUUCACAACAUGAUUGUCAGCAUUUUAAGAAGAACUAUGAAAAAUGCACAGAAGAAAAACUAAAGAAACUUAAAAGCCCAUUGAUGUUUCUCACAGAAUACAAAGAGCAAAAUAAAUAA